GUAAGUUAUUACUAUUUUUGAUUACAUUUAGCAAGUGGUGACUUAUCACUUAAGGCCAAAGUGUUAUAAAUGGUCUACAAGAAUAAGAAACCUGAGAGGGAGCAGUCCAUAAAUGUAAAUAAAACUUCCAAGUAUGGCUGGAUAAUGUUACAAGCAGGAACAAUGAUCCGUCUCAUAAGUGUAAAGAAACACGAGGUGUAGAACCAACAUUGUACAUCCUGAUAGAGUUUACAGUACAACUACAAGUCGACAAUACAUGUACUGGGCCACAAGUUCUGAACAGGAGUAGGAAAACAAAUACUUUAAUAUUAAUACACUGUAUUGGCUGGGUGCAGUUAUUGAACGCCUUCUGAACAGAGACAGCCGCCUUCCCACGACAUUCAAAGUUUAAUGGCCGGGCACACCCUGAUGAUGUUAAAAGACAGUAGAGAAAGAAGAUAGAGACUGAGUAAGACAGCGCAUAAAGGCAAAAUACAAUUGGACAUGGUUGUAAUUGAGUCAGUGCUUAAUGAAGGAACGUCCGUCAAUUAAGAUAUUAUUAUGUGACAUUGCAAGAUACAAUACGGAUAAGGGUCUCAAUCCAAACAGUUAUGUGUAACAUAAUAACAUAUACAAGCCCAGUUAUAUACCAUACAAUCUAUUAGCUCACCAUCUAAACAAUCUGUCAACGGCAAUGUUUUCAACCCUGAAGCUUCAUUGAAACAAGUAAAUGUCAAUUGUAGUUUCACCUGGCUUUAUAAAUGAACUACUGUCAUUGGGGCCAUCACGUUAUCUCACUACAAUGGUGAAUUAACUACAAAUCACGGACCGAAUGUGCUCAGGAAACAGGAUUUUCAGAAUCGGAACUUUAGACGACUUCAAAAAUCAGGAUACCUAUAGAUUGUGUCGUGAAUGCAGAAACUCUAGUUAUAAUGAUGAACUAGCCGACCUUACAUAUUUGAGGGGACCUAAUUGGUUACAAAAGCAAUAUGAUGUAUUCUUUUGUCGUGUUUUGCCUUUAGCUGCUAAUAAAAAUUUGGUGUCAUAGCGACAUUAACAUAAACAUGAUGAAAUAAAAUCUCGGGUUUAAUUAUUUUCCUAACUCAUUCAUACCCAUUUGGAACCGACAGGACUGACCGAGUGCGCAUAGCAAAGAUUUGUGGAGACAUCAUAGGCUUCAUAGGAUAUCACCUCUAAAUAACACCUGCCGAGAAUAAAGUUUAUCAAACCUGGUCAUAUAUAAUUGUUGAAAGUGUAUAAUAUUCUUAUAUUUUUAUAUUUAUUGCUGUCAAGUGUGAAGGAGUGAUAAAUUAAACCAUGUGCACGAAUCCCCGACAGUCGCUAGACCUUGAGCCUGAAGACAGGUACGAGAACAUUGAGAAAAACAGGAACAGUGACUGGCGACGAGACUCCCGAUACGUCCCCUCAAGAAUGAGUGUCAGUGGGCACCAUAACACUUGGUUGAAUAGUGUUUUUAGAAGAAGAACAGACUCGGUUACAAAAUAUCUCCAGAGUACGGGGAGGCGAGUCUCUUUAAAUGAUCUUCACUCACAAACCUUGAAACGCAAUCGAAAACGCUUGGUCGCGAAAAAUGGCGACCGAAAUAUUAUCCAAACUGACAUCAAGCGCCGUGGACAGGGAUACCUCGCUGAUAUAUUUGUGACUCUGGUCGAUACAAAGUGGAGACUGAUACUGUUGAUGUUCGUCAGUGGAUUCAUCUUAUCUUGGCUUGUUUUUGCACUUCUAUGGUGGAUCAUUUGUUUUUCUCAUGGUGAUUUUGAACACACGAGUGAUAUCGAUUGGGUACCAUGUGUGGACGCUGUGGAGGAUUUCCCCACAGCGUUGUUAUUCAGCAUAGAGACGCAACACACUAUAGGUUAUGGUGGUAGGGCAACUACCUCAAAGUGUCCAGAGGCCAUCAUAUUAAUGAUGCUACAGUCAUGUAUGGGAACACUGAUGCAGGCUAUUCUCACAGGAAUCGUAUUCUCAAAGAUCCAGCGACCAAAACGCCGUUCUCACACGUUGAUAUUUAGUAAGAACGCCGUAAUCUGCAUGCGAGAGGGUAAUUUGUGCCUACUGUUCCGAGUUGGUGAUAUGAGGCGCUCACACAUGAUUGGUGCGCACAUCAGGGCUAUAAAAGUAAAGAAAAGUGUCACUAAAGAAGGUGAAGUCCUCCCGUUGUUUGAACAAGACGUAGCGUUUCAUGUUCCGCCUGAUGGAAAUCUUUUCCUUGUCUGGCCAGUCAUGGCGUGUCACAUCAUCGAUAAAAACAGUCCGUUUUAUAACAUCUCUAGUGAGGAUCUUCAACGUGAUAAGUUUGAACUUAUUGUCAUCUUAGAAGGGACUAUUGAGUCGACGGGAAUGUCCGCCCAGGCUAGAACGUCCUACUUGCCAUGUGAGAUUCUGUGGGGACACAGAUUUAGACGUCUUACUAUGUAUCAAAAAGACACGGGCGAGUAUCAGAUUAGGUAUAAUAACUUCCACGCCACUGUGCCCGUGGACACACCAAACUGUAGCGCCAAAGCUAUGUUUGACAAUCCCGACAUGGACACGAACUAUCCGUCAGAAUACGAAGAAACCAUACUUCCCACACCUUCCUCCGAGUAUCCACCGAUUCCAAAUUUUAAUGUUCCUAUAGUUACAUUUGAAGACACGGAUAAGUUGAAUAAAGAUGAAGAGGCAUUCUUGUGUGAUAUCAAUGAUGGGGACCACCAAAGAGAAGAGUGUGACCUGUGCAACAAUAACCUAAUCAACCAAAGUAGCCAAUGUCGUGAGCUCAAACUUGACCCCACUGAGCUACAUUCCGAUUCAAAUACUAAAACUCAAAAUGGUGACGCCAAAAUCGUUAGCAAUGUUACAAAUCUUGCCGAAAAUACCGAUGCAGAUCAUUUAAAGCCACCAUCUAGAAAAAUUAUUAAGUCAAAGGGCAGCAAAAUAUUUACGGUUGAGAAAGCAGAUCACAUACCCGUAUCAUUGGCGAAACCUGGUAUCAUGAAGCUUAAAAACAGGAAGGACAGUUGUACUUCCUCUGACACUGACAGUCCAGUCAAAGAACGCCCUGCACCGCUCGUGAGAAUGCGAAGUGACAGCAGCAUAAGUCUGGACACAAUGGACGAUUAUGACGAUUAUAUUGAUAGGAAAACCGAGGCUAACACAUUGAGAAAUUUACGAGAGAUAUCCCCAACUGGGAUCUGACAAUUGGCAAUAUGCAUAAAAUAGAAUUUCAUAACUAUUAUGAUUGAUGCGAACUGCUGAUAUAUACUGUGUUAUAUGAAACCAUGGGCUUUCUCUGUGAUAGUCCAUGCUGAAACUAGUGCCUUAUAAUUAGGUCAUAAGGUUUUGGAUAAGAGAUGUAUGUUUUUAAAUGCUCAUUAGUAAAUUGAAUGCUCUUCAAAAUUAAAAGUUAAUAUUUACCCCCAGUAAAAUGUGCAUUUUGGGGAUUCGUGUUGUUGAUUGAUGUUUUAAAAAAUGUAGCGUUGUCUACAGUUUCCAAUAAAUAGAACAAAAUGAAUAACAGGAACUUAGACUCACAGACUGUUCUUUUUCGCGCAACAGAAAUGUUUCCUAGUAAAAUUGGGCAUAACAAUAAGAGACAUACAUGUA